AUGAAUCGAUCGGGCACGCACGGCACGAGGAGGAAGGUGCCCAAGACACCAGAGGAGGUGGAGGCGGCACUGGCAGCCGAGAUGGAGGUGACGCACCAGCUGGCACACGAGGUGGACUCCAUCGCAGAUCGCCAGGCCGCCCCCGAUGUGAUCGCCCUUGAGCUCAAUCGCGAGCGCGAACUCCGUGGCCAGGCCCCAGCGGCCGAACAGGAGGAGAAGAUGGAAACAGAAGAAAAGGAAGAACCCGCUGAAGAAGAAAAGGCUGGAAGCAACAACAAGAAAAGGCAAAAGAAGCGCCCUAGAGAAGAUGAGGGGGAGCCGCAGGCAGAGGAGCAAGCCGAAGCGCCCGCUGGGUCGGGUGAAAAGAGACGCAAGAAGAAGGCGGCCAAGAAGCACAAGGCCAACGCCGCCGAGGAGGAAGCAGGACGAGCAUCCUGA